AGGCAUCGGGCCCCCAGGCGGAGCGGCGGAGCGGACAGGCGGAGCGACAGGUCUCGGGCCCCCAGGCGGAGCGGCGGGCGCCGGACCCCCAGGCGGAGCGACAGGUCUCGGGCCGACAGGUCUCGGGCCCCCAGGCGGAGCGGCGGGCGCCGGACCCCCAGGCGGAGCGACAGGUCUCGGGCCCCCAGGCGGAGCGACAGGUCUCGGGCCCCCAGGCGGAGCGACAGGUCUCGGGCCCCCAGGCGGAGCGGCGGGCGCCGGGCCCCCCCCAGGCGGAGCGACAAGCGACAGGUCUCGGGCCCCCAGGCGGAGCGACAGGUCUCGGGCCCCCAGGCUGAGCGAAGGUCUCGGGCCCCCAGGCGGAGCGGCGGGUGCCGGACCCCCAGGCGGCGACAGCGGGCCCCCAGGCUCGGGACCCCCAGGCGGAGCGGCGGGCGUCGGAGCGCCCCCAGG